AUGCGAGGGGUACGAGACCUGAUAAGGUUGAAAACCAUAAGACUUUCCGUUAGUGAUAAGGGUGGAGAGUAUGUCGUAAUUCCUCAUCAGUUAGAUGUGGAGAUAACGAAAAAGCAUCUUGAAGAUGCUUCACUUUAUCGCCCAUCAUCUGAGAAGGAGUUUAAAAGUAAAUACCGAAAAUUGAACCACGAAUGGGCCAAAAUGGCAAAGGCUGCUGGUUUAAAACCAUCAGUUAUCUCUCAACUUAAAGUUGCCUUACCAACAUGCCCCGUCUUGUACUUACUUAUAAAAACUCAUAAGUUAGUAUCCAGCGAUGAUCUUGCGUCUACCGAUCCAUCAUUAUUUAAGGUUAGACCUAUCAUUAGCUGUGUAGACGGGCCAACGGACAGGAUAACAUGGUUUUUAACCCUAAUAUUUAACCAGUUGUUGAAACACAUUCCUGCCCAUCUUACGAAUACCCAGAUGUUUCUGGAUCGUCUACGUACCGCGCAGCCCAACAGCGCGUGUGUGAUGGAGUCCUUCGGCGUUACCGCCCUUUAUACAAACGUGUCGAAUGACUCCGCAGUGCAAGCCAUAUUCAAACUCCUUACACAACACGAAGGAGAAAUAAACAUGUAUGGCUUCAGGAUAGAGCAGUUGAUGGCACUCUUAAAAGAAUGCUUGAGCUGUUCAAUCUUCAGAUGGUCUGGAAAGUACUACACUCAAAUAAGAGGGUUGGCAAUGGGACAACGACUGGCUCCAAGGCUUGCUACUGCAUUUAUGUCUAAGGUGGAAGCACCGGUGACUGAUCUCGGGCCGCUACUCUACUGUAGAUUUGACAACCGCUCAGUGACAUUUGAAGAGCAUCAGGCUGAAGAACACAAUCUUUGGCACUAUCUCUACUUUAUUGUUUGGCUACAAAUUAAAGAUGAGACGGAAUUUACCGGUCCGGAGAGUUACGUAGCGCAAUGCGUUAAGGACCGGAAUCUGGACUGGUUCCCACGAAUGCGGGCCAUUUCCUUACAAGACUGUGACAGCGAAUCGGAUCAGUCAGAAGUCACAGCUCUUCGUGAACAACUACGACAACAAAGUCAGUCGAUUAACGAACUUGCAGCGACUGUGGACAACCUCAGACAGGUUGGAUUUUUGAGUUAA